CUUUGCGCAGCAGCUUGAAUGGGACAAAAGGGAUAUGCCAGCCUGCCUGUCUACCACCAAUGUGCACGUGGCUGCAAACUGGAAGAUCUGAGUUCCAUUCUGGAUUGUUCUGCAUUUUUUUUCUUUUCUGUCCUGCACAGGCACAUGUGCAUAAACAUAUGCUUACUGUGCAGCAAGUGAUAUCCUUAGAGGGCCGGGGGUGCCAUCUCUGAACACCCAUGCCAUAUCCAGGCUGCAUUCCUGUUGGAUCAUUGACGCAAAAGAGGAAAGGAAGGGAUUUCUCCUCCAACAGAGGAAGAUUCAAAGCACUCCCAGAUGUGUUUUUUUUUUUUACAUCAGCUCCAUUUGGCUCUUGAGGUGUCUGCCCUGUCUGUGACAACUCUCCUCUUCUCAACAGUUGAACCAUCUGACUUGUCUGUGUGUGCGUUUGUGUUAAACAGUGAAGCUGUCGGUAGAUUGGACACCAGAGACCAGGAGACGUACACCAUGCGGACGCUGCUUUCCAUUUGGCUUCAUGUACUUGCUUAUGUCAGACUACUCCUGCUAGCGACGGAUGUCUUGGCUUCAAUUAAAGACGUAAACCAGGAGAAGUGGGAGAAGGACAUCAGGUCAGCAUCGAGCUUGGAUGAGCUGCUCAUGUUGACUGACUUCCCAGACUGGAAGCUGUGGAGGUGUAGGCUUAAGCUGAAGCACACUGACUCAAGCUCAUUUCCAGAAUCGCGUUCUGCCUCAGUGGUAUCACACAGAUUUACACGCUUUGCUGCCAACUCUUACAGCCUGGAGGUACUCAAAGCCAUUGAUGAAGAGUGGCAGAAAACGCAGUGCAUGCCCCGGGAGACGUAUGUGGAUGUGGCUCAGGAGCUUGGGACUAGCAACGACAUGUUCUUCAAACCUCCAUGUGUCUCAGUGUUCAGAUGUAGCGGCUGCUGCAACAAAGAGGGGGUCAUGUGCCGCAACACCAGCACCACCUAUGUUGAUAAAAUAGUUCUGAGUGUGGUGCCGUUUAAAUAUGGGCCUGAGCCGAUGCUGAUCAGAGUAGCUAACCACACGGAGUGUAAAUGCCAGGAACCACAGAUGAUUCGCAGACAUGCUCUGCCCCACAGGAAGAGAGGGUGUUUUCCCAUUCGCCAGGCAGAAGAUUCCAGACGACUAUGUGACCAAGGGCUCAUAUGGGACUGCAUGGAGGAUCGGUGUGUACCUUAUCCUUCUAGCAAACAAGAAUUUCCCUCCAACACAAAGGCAGACGAUUGUGAAAUUGAUAUUGAAAAAUGUGAAUGUAUUCCCAAAGAACUGACAUCUACAAGAAAAAAUCCAUGUUCGUGUGCUGGCAGGAGAAGGCAAUUCAACCAUACAUCAUGCAGUUGCAAGAAAAAAUGAAACGUUGCACAUGGUGCAGACAUGAAAUCUUGGACAAUCUUCUUCUUCUGGAGCUGCGACUGAACAUACAUUCUAAUUUAUUUACACCCUUAUUUAUAACACUACCUUAUGCGCAUGAGUAUAACAUUUAACCCCCCUUUUUUCACAACUGUGGUAAAUUACAUAACAUAAUUUUUUUUUUUAAUAAAUAAAUACUCCAGUUUACUCAUGAUAGGCAAAUAAUAUACUGGUUCCCAUGCACUGAAUAUAGCAAAAUCUAAUAAACGUUUUACUAUAAAAUGUUUUCCAUAAAAAGUGGUAUGUAAUUUAAUUUGAUGCAUGAAAAGUAUGUUGUGGAUGUGCAUAUGUUACAAUAUAUGGUAUUUAAUAAUUGUGUCCAUACUGUAGUAAAUUUAAACUAUUGUUUAAAAAAAAAAUUUAUGUUGUAAUUAACAAGGAUUUUCAUAUUGAGUUGCGCAAAAUGCAAAAUAUGAUUUUCAUAUUGAGUUGCGCAAGAUUUUCAUAUUGAGUUGCGCAAAAAGGAUUUUCAUAUUGAGUUGCGCAAAUAUGAAAAUCAACAAGGAUUUUCAUAUUGAGUUGCGCAAAAUAUGUAUUUUAUUUGGUGAUAAAAUACAUAUUUUGUAUUUUUUAUGGAUUAAGUGAUUUUAAAAAGUUAGAUUUUCAGUGUAGAAUCAAGUCUUUGCAGAUUAUUAUAUUAUUUUAUAAUGAUGGGACAUAAGUGAUCACCUGUUUGAUGUAAAGCCAUAUUUAUGACUGAAAGGUUUUGGAGUUACUAACCAGCAUUUGUCAGUGACAAAUGUGUAAAGGUUUAUUGUUUAAUUUUGUGGUUUCUUGCUUUACCAUUUUUUGAGAGGAUUUUGAGAGUAGUAAAAUACCUUCUUGUACAUAUCUGUUAAUUAUAUCUAUAGAUGUACCUAGGAUACCCUAGUUUUAGCCCUCAUGUAACACUACAACAAACUUUGUUUCAAUUAAUAAAGCCUGAAAAA